CUACAGCAAGGUAAAAUUGCAUUUAGUGAAAUGUUAUGAGCAGCAUUCUGCCGCUGACUCGAUGUCCAUGAACGCCACAGGCCUCGCCCCAGCCACAGUGAGACAGCCACAGCCACAUUAGGAGCCUCUCACAGCUGAACGAAGUGAGAAUAUCAGACAGAAACUCGCUUUAUCCAUAUGAAGGCCUGAAUGAAGCAUGGAAAUGAGGGCGACAAUUUUAUGACCCUACUCGACAAGUUAUACCCCCAAUAACGCCUGUGCUGGAUAGGGUCCGGUCGCUGCAGGCCCUUGGCAUCGACAACACAAUUCCAACCGCGGCAUGUCUCGUUUGCUCAGACGACUGCAACCCUUUGGUGUGCCCCCAGGAGCUGCUGUCCAGGGCAGCCGUCCGUUCGGUACAGGCCAUCAUUGUUGCACAGUGGCGGAACGGUCGAGUCUCAGGAAGAUGGGAUCGCAAGGCCGCACGGAAGGCUACAACACCACCACCACAACCACUGCUGCUGAUGAUAUAUGGAAACACGCCCCGACGCUCAAGGGCUCGACAUGCUUCGAGCCUCGUCCUGAUGUCAAGAACAUCAUGGUCACGGGUGGCGCCGGCUUCAUCGCCUGUUGGGUCGUCCGCCACCUCACACUCACCUAUCCCUCCUACAACAUCAUCUCCUUUGACAAGCUCGACUACUGCUCCACGCUGAACAACACCAACGUCCUGUCGUCCCGCCCCAACUUCUCUUUUUACAAGGGCGACAUCACGACGCCGUCAUCAGUGCUGGACUGCAUGGAGAGGCACAACGUCGACACGGUCCUGCACUUUGCUGCACAGAGCCACGUCGACCUCUCGUUCGGCAACUCGUACGGGUUCACGCACACCAACGUGUACGGCACGCACGUCCUGCUCGAGUCGGCAAAGAAGGUGGGCGUCCGGCGCUUCGUCCACAUCUCCACCGACGAGGUGUACGGCGAGGUCAAGGAGGACGAGGAUGACCUGCUCGAGUCGAGCAUCCUGCAGCCGACGAAUCCGUACGCGGCGAGCAAGGCCGCCGCCGAGAUGCUGGUGCACAGCUACCAGAAGAGCUUCAAGCUCCCGGGGAUCAUUGUGCGGAGCAACAACGUCUACGGCCCGCAUCAAUAUCCGGAAAAAAUCAUACCAAAGUUCUCGUGCUUGCUGCACAGGGGACAACCGGUGGUUCUGCAUGGCGAUGGCUCGCCCACGCGGCGCUACCUAUACGCGUCCGACGCGGCGGAUGCGUUUGACACGAUAUUACACCGUGGCGUCUUGGGACAAAUCUACAACGUCGGAUCCAGCGAUGAGAUCUCCAACCUGGACCUCUGCCACAAGUUGGUGGAUCUGAUCCGCCCAGAAGCGUCAUCGUCCUCUGGCGCGUCGAGGCGGUGGAUCAAGUACACCCAUGACCGACCGUUCAACGACCGCCGCUAUGCCGUGGACGCCUCGAAACUGCGGCGCCUCGGGUGGUCGCAGAAGGUAGGCAUCGAGGAAGGGUUGAGGCGGACGGUGGACUGGUACAGCAAGUUUGGGGAGAGCUGGUGGGGGGACAUUACGCACGUCCUGACGCCGUUCCCGGGGGUUAGUGAGUUGGGCGAGGUGGUGCCCGACUUUGAGCAUGAUGGUAGGGACGAGCCUUGGGAGAACGGGAAAAGGGGGUGAAGGCUGUGCGUUACGGAGCGAAUGGCUUAUGGAUGGCUAUCCAGCGUGUCUGGUUACACUAUACAUGAUGGUUCUCGGCUGUCUGAUAGCUUGAAGCCAUCUUUCGGGCCAGGAAGUCACAAUGCAUGGUGAAUCCACCUUCAAACACACAAAAG